CUCCGACAUUUACCCCAGAGACUCCGCUCCAACUUCCAGCGCUCACUGCUUAUCAACGAUCAAGAGUUUAUGUAAAAAGCGUCGCGUCAGCAGGAUGAGCGGCGUCGGGCCCAAGUCUUUGUUCUUCGGACUUCCGGAUAUGACGCAGUUGGUUUGCGUCACGCUGAGUCCGCAGGAGGAAGAGCAGCAGGAGCCCAGGACCAACCAGAUCAGGACCUGCAGGGAGCUGGUGCUGCUGCACUCGGACGUCCUGGCCUGUCCUGCUCUGGACUCCAUCACUGACGUCACUGCAGUCAUGUCUGUCCACUUCCUGCAGCGCGGCGUCCUUCAGGCCUUCGCCAUCAGAAACCGUCUGCAGCUGGGCGUUCCCCACACGGUGUUUCCUGGCGACCUGCAGUGCUGCCUCUCUUACUCUCUGAUCAGCCGUUUGACUCCCCGCUGGAACAAAGCAGGACUUUACCUGAUCUCAGGGGCAGACUUCCUGACCCGGCGGGGGACGCUCAGCGCCGUCAGUCUGGAGAUGAACACCAGUGGUGGUCGGCUGAGCCUCAGCAUUGAAGCCAGCGCUGUGAGAACGCCGCCGCCAACGCUGGAUGACCUCGGGCUGCUGGCGCCGGUACUCCAGAGGUUCUGCAGCGACCCGGACUUCAUCCUGGACCUGUCCUCCAGGGGACCCAUCUGGUGCCACGUCCUCCCCAGCAUGAAGAAGGGUCAGAUCAUCAGCAUCAGCCGCCAGCUGCCCAGAGACGGACCCUUCAAGACCUACGGAGACCUUCAGAACCACUGGAACCGCCUGUACGGCUACUGGCUGCCGGAGCUGGAGGGGGGCGGAGUCUACUGCAGCGUCUACUUCAGGCCGGUGGGAGAGAAACUCUUCACUUACCCUCUCAGCUGCAUCCGCCUGCAGCCUGUGCAGCGCUGCCCCGGGGGCGACCUGCAGGGGGCGCUGGCCCGCUUCCUGGCCGACAGCAGAGAGCGGCUGCAGAACGUGUGCGGCUUCCCGACCCGUCUGACCAGUAAACCCAGUUACCCCGCGGCCGGCCUGACCACCGCUGCCUCCAUGCAGGUUCUGAGUUGGGACCAGAUCAACCUGACCACCGGGCCGGUUCUGUCCCAGCAGGCGCCGUCCUGCCGGGCGGACCCGCCCGCCUGGGUCCCCCUGUCCCAGCAGGGCGGCGCUCUUCCAGGAAGCAGAUCUGGGAACUGGCUGUGGCGCCGUCCAGAGGACCGGUCGGCCCACCCGUCCUCCAGUCAGAACCAGGACCAGUCGGACCGCUCCCUGCCCGUUUCCUCUUUCUCCCAACACUUCCAGCCGGCUUCAUCCCUCCCUCCUCUUCCUCAGCCCAGUCCGGUCCCAGUGAACCCGCCUCCCAAACUGGUUCCCAUCUUCAGGAACAACGACCCGACCCGCCGGCUCAGCGUGGCUCUUCUGCGAGUCCAGAACCGGCGGAACGGAGGAACGGAGGACAAACGCAGACUCACCCUGCCGCUUCCUGCCGGGUCACAGGUCACACCUUCCUCCUCCUCUUCCUCCGCCGCGCCCCUCCCUCCUCCUCCUCGCCUCGUCCCUCGCUUCGCCCGCCGCCCCAAAAGCCGGAGCGCCGCCGUUUCCCCGCCGUCGGGUCAGUCCAGGGUCACCCGGAUCUCCAGCCUCAGCCCGAUGUUCAAGGCGAAAGCCGCCGUCAUCCUCCCACCCAGAACCAAACCCAAACCCAGCAGAACCUCUGGGACGGUCCGACCCGAACGGGCCGCCAACUGCUGGAAGGCAGCAGGACCCAAAACCGUCGUCCCCAGAACCAUCAUGAAGACCAGCAGAGAGGCCGGGCCUGAAGGCAGCACCGAGCCAGAACCGACCCGGUAUCAGAGGGAGACCGCCGCCAGCAGCAGGAAGACGGUCGCCUUCGAGCUGCAAGAGAAACCCAACAAGUCCAAAGUUCUAGAGGAAGACGUGGAGAAAAUGGCCAGAAGCAACCAGUGGGCCGGGCUCAGCGGCCGCUCCCUGCUGCUGUGGCUCAGGAACAGAGGAAUCCCUGUGAGCUCCAAGCUGAGGAAGGAGGAGCUGAUGAUGAAGGUGAUAGGCUGCCUGGCCGAGGCCUGAGCCCUGAUUGGACGGCGCCACAGCCAAUCACAAAACGGUAAAAUCACCCAGCAGCUGCUGUCCUGCUGGGAAGAUUUAGUUGGUUUCAUUUAAGACAGCACAUUUAUAUUAUUUCUUUGUUAUUUUAUUCAUUUAUUCUCGCUGUAUUUGUUAUUAAAAAAAGAAAUGUAUAGCAUUUUUUAAUUAUUAUUUUUUCUCUUUAUUUGUUUUAGUUUUAUUUUGAUUGCAAACAUUAAUAUUCAUUUUUGGGUUUAUUUUAAAAGUAGUUUUGUAGAUUAUUAUUUAUUUUGUAUUGGUUUUUAAUUAAAAUAAAUUGAGGUUUAACAGGAGAUUCAUUUGUUCCUAAACAAGUUUUAUCAUUUUCAGCUACAAAAAAGCUUUAAGUUUUUAUAAAAUCUGUUUUUUAAGCUAAAUUUUCUGCUAAAUGUUCAGAAUGUUUUUGCAUUUGUUUAAAUAUUUAUUGAGCUUAAAAGUUCCUGGUUACAUUUUUAAAACUAUUUUUUUAGUUUCAGGGACAUUUAUCGCAUAUUCAGCGUUUUGAAAGAGUUUUACUUUCCUAAAGUUGGUUACAAAAUGAAACCUGUAAGUUAUAAAAAUCCUGUUUUGUGAAAGUUUUUUCUGUUUUGUAUUUAUUACAUAUUUAAACUGAAGUUUCUUGUUUUGUGUUCAUGAUUGUACAAUAAUAUUUAUUAAUUUAAUUUUAUCUGACAACUGAAAUAUCAGAUGGAAAACGUGACGGUUCUGAGAUUUAACUCUAAACUCUGGACUGCUUUUGGUUCUGUUGGACCAAAAGUAGACAGGAAAUGGAAAUUGGUGAGAAUAAUUAGUGAAAGAAUUAGACGUCAGGAACUGGAGAACAUCUGCUAGGAAUCAAUAAAACAUGGA